AUGGCCGAUGAAAACCCGCAAAAUCGAGACGAAGGCAAAUGGUUAAACAGCACUCAGGAUAAUGUGAAAUGGAAGGAUCUAAUGUCUACGCUCAUAUUGGAUCGGUUGGAAGCAUCUUUUGACAACUGCAAUAAUAAAUUGCCACAAACACUGACACGAACGACACAAAAUAUGACAAAUAACUGUAAUGGAUGUGAGCAGUACCUUACCAGUGGAGGAAAAUCGUCAAGAACGAAGUAUUUCGGUUCAGCGUGGAAUGAUACCUGUCAUCAGCUCUCGACUACCGACCAUGAUUCAAUCGACUGCACGUCGCUGUUGAAUGAUUGCUCUACAGAUGGAUUUAUUGAUGUAAACAACAGUUGUUGCAGAUGCAGUAUGAAAUAUCAAUUAUAUUCUGUCAACGACCAUUUGAAUACUAAAGAAUCCAUCUCAGAGAAAAUAAAAAAAAAUGAAACUGAAAAUAUAAAGCAACAAGUGGAGAUUUUUAGGAAACGAGUAGAGUGUAUGUUAAAAAUGAAUCAUCAACUGCAAUCCGAACUUAAAAAAACUAUUAGAACAAAUCUAUUAAUGGAACAAUAUAUUUCUUGGCCAUAUGCUGUAAAUAAUGGCAAGGUUGAGUUUCCUGGCAAAAAUGAUUUGGACCAACGGUUUGAUUGUUUGUUCAAGGAGUUGAAAAAAAUACGUAAUGAUCUGAAACCUAUUCAAAAUGACAAAUAUAUUAUUAGUAAAUUGGAAAAAAUAUUAAAUAUACCACUACUGGGAUGUUUAAAUACUUGUGAUAAAUAUGCAAAUAAAAAAUAG